AUGGAGUUAGAUCUGGAGAAUGUGCUGGAAACUGUCAGAUCACUUCAUCCUAUUCAGUGCCAUGGAAUAUUGUCUUCAAGGGCUCUGGAGAGGACAAAGAGUUCCGAUGUUUCCAGCUCCAGAUCUAACUCCUUUGGACUUCUACCUAUGGGAUUGGCCAUAGAUGUCCAUAAGGGUAGGAAUGGUCUCACCGCUGUGGCGUGAACCAACACCUAGAUAUACAAGGCCUUAGCUGUCAUUCAAGAUGGCCGCCUAAGAAGACAAUACAAACAAAUGCCAAGUAAAAGUGAGAUCACCAGACGAAGAUAAUAUAGUUCUGCACAAACCAAGAGACUGCAUUUUUCAUGUUCUCUGUUAAGUUGUUCGAAUUUGAAUAUGCUUUUCUUAUUUUUCCACUGACAAUACAUAUCUAAUUUCUGAAAUAUUCCACUUUUGUAAUAAUAUAGUGCAAUGAACAAAGCUUAAGGAUUUUUUUCUUUUGCCAAACUUUCGUUUUGCUUCAGAGAUAAAACAAAUAC